AGAAGAAAAAUGGCUGUAGGAGUAAAGGUAUGAGAGGAGCAAAGGUGAGAGGAAGCGAGCGAGAGAAAAAGCCGGGAAAAAGGUCAUCGCCAAGCCCCUGUCUGGGUGCCUCCGAAUUCGCCGUAAACAAACUGCCGACAACCUGUUAACCCCACCCCCCAAUUCAAUCGGCUCUGGUGACACAUCCAGUGGCUCUGGCGGCACAUCCAGAAGUGCAAGGUGUAGCGGAUCUCUCAGACAUAGUGUAGCAGCAAGGCCGUGCUACUUCGGUUGACGUCGCUUAUCGGGACGCCGCUCGUCUCUGGGCGCGAACGGCAAAGAAGCGUGCGCUAUGGCACACUUCGGGUCUCUUGCCGCCUUUGUCUGUGCUCUGACCUUUCUCGUGGCCCCGACUUUGAAUGCCGAUGUGGACAAUCACCACGAUGGAGGCAGCCACGACAGCAAUCAUGACGACGUGAAUGGCGGCGAAAGUGAGGGCGCGUUUGAAGUGCUGCCGGCAGCGCCCUACGACAUCCCGCCGCUUGUCACACCGGAACAAGCGACGCUGUUCCCAGAGAAACAAGCUACCACCGAAAACGACUCGCAUACUGUUCCUCCCAGGUCGGCAGAACCGGAGACUACCAGCCACGUUGUCAACGAAGAAAGUCGCCCGCCGCCCGAGGAUGCAACCACAAACAAAGGAGGGGCUCAUAUUACGGACGAAACUAGCCUCAUGACGACGGAAGACGAGGAAGACAUGAAGGAUUCCAGUUUGAUCCUUGUGGCCGCAGGUCUGCCGGCGUCUCGCGCAACCGAACCGUCCUCGUCUCGUACCACGGAAUUUCUGGAAGGCUCCGGAGACAUGCCAGAGCCCGAGGAACACGACACCUCGCCCACGUCCGCGAGCCCGACCCCCACCGUCGUCACCAUUACAGCAAGCACUCCGGAGCACAGCACGCCAGUGCACAGCACUCCAGCGCACAGCACUCCGGUGCACAGCACUCCGGUGCACAGCACUCCGGUGCACAGUACUCCGGCGCACAGCACUCCGGCGCACAGUACUCCGGCGCACAGCACUCCGGCGCACAGCACUCCGGCACACGGCACUCCGGCGCACAGCACUCCAGCGCGGGACGUGCUCGCGUCUGGAUGCAGCGAGAGGCUCUGCGAGGAGAUCUACGAAGCAGGCAUAGUCGCCACGCCGACGACGCUCAAGGCGGCCGAGGGUUCCAACUUCGAGUUUGUCUGCUCGCAGACGCGAGCCGGCGGCAACGACUCCCACUGGUUCAAGCUAAGGUGGGACGUCACGCCUGAGGCCGGACUCUCGGAAAAGCAGACGGGAGGAACGGGGAGGGCGAGGGCGCUCUUCGGGCAGGCGAACGGCGAGGGUACGGCGAAUUACACGUGCUCUCCCGACCUCCCGACCGGCUGCUGCGACCCGGGAAAGGUCGGGGCGACCGUGGUGCUUGUGGUCUAUGUUGCGCCGACUUAUGUGGCGCACAUUUUCGUGGUAAGUGCGCUGACUGUCGCCGGCGUCGCCUUCUGCAUCUUUAUCCACCUCCGCAAGCGCAAGACCUACGCGCCGGUCGCCACAAAAGAGCCGAGAGGCUGGGAACUCAAGAACGUCAGCUGAGGUCCGACUGUCGCGAGUGAGCGUUGCAGCCCGUGCUUGGGCUGGUGCGUCUGUGGCGAUUUCGUGUUCACAAACUUCAAACGGUACACUGGAUUAAAAAAGGCCCGUAUCUGUGUUCUGCUGGACUGGUUUAGUUUACUUGCUGAGGUCAGCCAAUGUGACUUCCGAGGUCGGCCAAUCUAAGGUAUAGCCACACAAAGUUGUACAUUUUCCGGACAAUGUGUAAAGAACCCUAACUUGCAGUCCGGAAGGGCCGAGGCUUAGGCCUCGUCAAUUUCGAGCCUUCCACGGGCAUUUAAGGGGGGACAUGGCCUCGGAAUUCAAAAUUUUCAGAAAAAAAUUUUUUUUUUUUCAAAAAGUAUAUUUUUAUGUUUAUUAACUUCCAAAGAAUGGUUUCAGAAAAUUUCAUUUUUAUACAUGCAGGAUUUAUCUCACAAUAAAUUUUUUUCGACAUGUCAGCAGCCCUCAAAGUCAGCAGGGAGCAAGUUUUUUUUUUUAUUUAGUGUUGCUUCAUACUCAUUUAACAGAGCCAGAACAUCUCACCCUCAUUGGAAGCGCCAUUUACUCUAGAUUUAGCCCAUAGAGACUUUCAAAGUUUAAAAGUAUCAAUGGCCAGGAAAACCCUUCACAUCCAAACAGAAAAAAUCCUGAAAAUUUGGUGUGAGCAAUCUUAUUGGUUGAGACCUGAAACAGGGUUUACGAUUGGUCCUGCCCAGUGAUGUGAUAUUGUGUCAUCUUCAGUAACACCCUUUCACAGUAUCUUCCACUUCAGAUCAUAUUCAUGCUUUGCUCCUCUUCCUUAGUAUGAUUUGCUUCUUCAUUCUUGCCAGUUUAUCCGUCAAGGAAUGCCUGCUACAAAAGUUAGCUUGCCUACAAAUGACACAAACUGUUAGCUAUCGCCAGGGGAACAACAAAGUCUCAAAGAGGAAGGUGCUAACAAUGCCCCAGGUGAAUUUUGCCUACCUU